AUAAGAUGAAAAUGCGGAACAGUCGAGACAUUGUCACCAUCCUGUUCAUCGCUCUGCCCUGGACUCUGCUAGUUACUGUUUGGCACUGGAGCACAGUUAAUUUUCCACUCACUCCUCGAGAAGAUGACAGACAAAGCAGCCGUUCGAGCUCUCAGGACACUUCUGCUGUCAACAAGAUGUGUUGCCCACAGAGCGGGGGCAUCAACUACACCGACAGUCGGCCCCCUCCCUGGUCUAAUAUCCUGCCGAUGAUCUUUGUCAUUACCCCCACCUACGCCCGACCAGUGCAGAAGGCGGAGCUAACACGUCUGGCCAACACCUUACUCCACAUGUCCAACCUACACUGGAUCCUGGUGGAGGACUCUGAAAGAAAGACCCCUUUGGUCAGUGGUUUCCUCCAAAGGACAGGGCUGAACUACACCCACCUCAAUGUUCAAACACCCAAGGAGUACAAGUUCCCUGCGAACAGGGGAGUUCCACAUGGAACCCUCCAGAGGAACUUGGCCCUGCAGUGGCUUCGUGACACUUUCAGCACCGGUGCCAGCCAGUCUGGGGUUGUGUACUUUGCAGAUGACGACAACGCGUACAGUCUCGAGCUUUUUGAUGAGAUACGAACUACCAAAACGGUGUCCGUGUGGCCUGUGGCGUUUGUUGGCGGCCUCCGCUACGAGGCCCCUAAAGUGAAUGCUUUGGGCAGGGUCUAUGGUUGGAAGGCACUGUAUGCUCCCGAAAGACCUUUUUGCAUCGACAUGGCUGGGUUUGCUGUGAACCUGCAUCUCAUUCUGUCAAAACCACAGGCUAAUUUUCAGUUAUAUGGGGUAAAGACAGGGUAUCAGGAGAGCAGCCUGCUAACAGGGCUGGUGACCCUGGAUGAGCUGGAACCUAAAGCUGCUAACUGUACAAAGAUAUUGGCGUGGCACACAAGGACAGAAGCACCACAGAUGUUAAAGGAAGACAAGGACAGAUUUACAGACCAUGAAAUGGAGAUAUGACAGUCGUCAUCAUCAGACAGAUAAUAAAAGAGGAGGCAGACUCAUUUUGGGAUUAACACGAACACAUCUAGUUUAGGACUGACCUAGAUGAGAGAAGAGGUCGAGUGAAAUAGAGACAUUACAUUUCAGCUGGAAAUUGGUGUUUUUUUCGAGAGUUGUCACAGUGUCAAUUUUUAUUCUAUUUUUUUGGAGCCAUGAAUGUGAUUGUCUAUUGGUUAAGGGUGGGGCAGUGGUGGCUUAAGG